AUGGAUGCUUCAUCUACGAUGAGCAGGCUCAUGUCCUCACGAUUAACCAACCUGAUCAGCAGCUCCACCGGCACAACCAGCAAGAACUUCUCUGGCAAAAGGAAAGGAAGCUCCACUGUAUACCUGCCUGACACUUUUUCAUUUUAUUUUGUAUGAAAUGUGGAUGAAAAUAGGGACUGUGGUGACCAGCAAGGCUGCAAUAAGAAUGCCAGGAGGACUCACAGUCAGAUAGAGAAGAGACGCAGAGAUAAGAUGAACAGCUUCAUAGAGGAGCUGGCAUCAUUAGUGCCGACAUGCAAAGUUAAACCACACAAACUGGACAAACUCACAGUCCUGCGUAUGGCAGUCCAACACAUGAAGACGUUACUAGGGGCUGCAGACCGGUACACAGAAGGUAAUCUCAAACCUGCAUUCUUAUCAGACGUAGAGCUAAAACACUUAGUGCUCUGCCUUACCUCCUGUCCACAGGCAGCUGAUGGUUUCCUGUUUGUUGUUGACUGUGAUCGAGGGAAAAUAUUGUUUGUUUCUGAAUCAGUAUACAAGAUCCUAAACUAUAGCAAGAAUGACCUGAUGGGCAAAAGCCUGUUUGAUUACCUACAUCCUAAAGACAUUUCCAAAGUCAAGGAGCAGCUGUCCUCAGCAGUUACCGCACCACCAUUUUUCUGCAGGAUGAAGAGCAACCGAAACAUGGAAGAUGAAGAAUUUUCCUCCAGCUGCUUGAAAAACAAUGCAGAUCGUAAAGGUUUCUGCUCCAUUUGCAGUGCUGGUUACUUAAAAAGUUUGUCCCCCACCGAGGUUGAUCUGGAUGAAAAUAAUGAGCCGGACAACGAUGGAUGCAGCUUGAGCUGUCUGGUGGCUGUUGGUCGGUUGCAUCGUCCCACCGUUACUCAGCCGGAGCAGAAUCACGUCAACAUUAGGCCCGUGGAGUUUGUUUCACGUCAUGCUAUUGAUGGGACAUUUGUCUUUGUAGAUCAAAGGGCCACUGCCAUUUUGGCUUAUUUACCUCAAGAGCUGCUGGGAACCUCAUUUUACGAAUACUUCCAUGAAGAUGAUAUUGGUCAUUUAGCAGAGUGUCACAGGCAAGUGCUGCACAUGAGAGAGAAGAUCAAUACAAAGUGCUACAAGUUAAAAAUAAAAGACGGCUCAUUCGUCACACUAAGGAGCCGCUGGUUCAGUUUUAAGAAUCCUUGGACCAAAGAAGUGGAGUACAUUGUCUCUACCAAUACUGUAGUCACCAGUCCUUCAGUUGACAGACCUGAGAGCGGUUAUCAACGGCCUGCUGCCUCCCCGCACACGAUGGCCACUGUACUGAUGCCAGGUGAAGGAAAGCUGGAUCUCCAAACGGUGCCUGGAGAUCCUGGUGGUCCGAGGGCAGGCGCUGGGAGGAUUGGGCGAAUGAUUGCAGAGGAACUGUUGGAAACCCAGAGGUAUAACCAUCUCCUGACUAAUAUUGACUUUAAAAUGUUUAAGACUCUAAAUAUUUCACAUCAGACAAUAUUUUUGUCUACUUUAAAAGUGAAGUGACAAUUUACAGCCUGACGGCUGUCAAACAUCUGUUUUGCUUUGGGUCAAAAUCAGUGUAAAAUUGCCCUUAAAGGUACAGCGUGUAGGGUUUUGGCGGCAUCUAGCGGUGUGGUGUCAGAUUGCAACCAACUUCUUCAGAAGCCAUCCUCACCAUAAUAAUACUACUUUAGGAGAAACGGA